AUGUUUAUCAAAUCUCUCCUUUCCAGCCUCUUGCUGAGCUCCACCAUCGUCGGAGCAGCAUCAAUUCCACGAACCUUAGACAGUUCCAAGCUCAUUCUCUUGGGCCUAAAUGGCCGAACAGAGGUUGUCGACAAGGCCGGAUUCUGGGCACACCACCAUGCCAACAAUACCCAAGCACCUGGCCGUCUUCCAGCGUACAAUGAAACCUCAAACUUCAACCGAUCAUCCCCGGUGUCCAAACGUGAUUGCAAGUCUCACUCCGUCAUCACUGAAAACCCCGACACGACCUUUGUGAACUGGGAUGUCGCCAUGUCCUCGGUCGUUAAAGCGGGAGAAACUACUUCCACUGUCGCUGUCACCGAAGGAUAUACGAUCGCAAACUCUCUCGCCGUCUCUGCUACUGCGGCUGCAACACUUGUCAAAGAUUUCCUCACCGUCACUUAUGGUAUUACCUAUACAGAAUCGUGGACUUCGACCUUUACCGCUGCCUAUACAUACACAGUCCCUGCCGGAAAAUAUGCAGUUGUAGUUUCAAAUCCUUAUACCACGAGAAAAUCUGGUCAUGUUGAUAUUGGAUGCAUUGGUACGGCGACGGAGACAGCUACCUAUCAAGCUGAUAGCUAUCAAAGUAAGGCUUUUGGAGGAUUAAGCUGGGUUCUUGGCACGAUCAGUCUUUGCACUGGAGACAGCUACCCAGUUCACGCCUGCGUUGGCAGUGAUCUUCUCUAUUAG